AUGAGAAAACCAAAACGCACUUACGGUGCGAAAAAGAGUGCAUUUAGCUCAGCUUCCACGGCGAUCUUCGGUAGCAAUAUGAAGCAAGAGCCUUCACCACCAGCUCGUAGUGCCUUGGAAGAUAUCACAGAUGCUGUAAAAAAUAUCACUCUAGCAGAGAAAGAGAAAGAAGAUAGUGUAGAUGUGAUUGAGGAAAAGGAUGAUACCCCAAUCGAAAGAGGCAUAAGUAAUUGCCACACAGAAGAUUCAAUAUCCGAAACCGCAGAACCGGACUAUCUAGAACCGCUAUCCAGCGCUUACAUGACUGAUCUUGGAACUCCAUUAGAGAGCAGAUCCUGGCAGGAAGUUCUUCCGAGCAAAGGCUUCCAACUAGACAAGAUCGCGGAGGCUUCAUACGCCGAAGUAUAUCGUGUUACUUCAUGGAAAACAAAAAGAGAACCGGAAAGAACUUCUAUACUCAAGAUCAUGCGUCUAAUAUCGCCUCAUGAUCCGUCGUCCUAUGAGUGCGAAACAGCACUAGAGGUUGGAAAUGUCGUGUCCGAGUUUCGCAUCAUGAACACACUCACAGAACUUCCUGGAUUCGUGACUUUCAAAGGGGCAUUCUUGGUUAAGGGGCAACCUGGGAAGCAUUAUUUUAAAGCUUGGGAUAAAUAUCACUACAACUCAAAAGAGGGUUCUUGGUUUACCGACCCAAGGUAUUAUGACGAUCAAACGACUUUCUUGGUUAUUGAGCUUGGGGACGCCGGAACUGUCCUUGAAGAUUACCCAUUGCGUACGAUGGAUGAGUUGUGGGAUAUAUUCCUAGGUACCGUCAUUGCCCUGGCAAAGGGAGAAAUGGCUUGCGAAUUUGAGCAUCGAGACUUACACGAGAACAAUAUUUGUGUGUCCAGUAGAGGAUUAGCUGAAGUAGCCAGGGACGCUAAAGCGAACCUCCGGUACGGCUUUUCCGGUCUGGAGGUGACUCUGAUUGAUUAUGGACUUUCUCGUGCGACACUGUACAAUGGGGAAGUAAUGUUUAAUGAUCUCGAACAAGAUCUCGAAGUUUUUAGAGGAUCUGAUGGCCAUCCGCAAUUUAAUUGCUACCGCAAAAUGCGCUCUCAUUUAUUUACAAGCACAAGAACAAUGCAAAAACGAGCUUGGCAUACCGAAGAAUCUCGAGCAUUAUCAAAUGGCCACGAUUGGUCAGAACACAGACCUUACCACAACGUCAUAUGGAUCCAAUUUCUUCUAGGCUAUCUCAAGAAGCAAUUAAUAAGGCUCAAAGGACCAAUCCUUGAUGACCUGAAGAAUUUCAAUGCCCAAACCGUGGAGUUGUCUAAACGUAUGGAUCCUAGAACCAAGAUUGAGAACGGUGCUUUUGAAUCUGCGACACAGGUGUUAGAAUAUGUUAUUGCCCGAGGAUGGGUUAGCUGUGAACAGGCAGAGGUUGUUGGAACUUCGGAACCCUCUUUUCUUGGCAUGGACAAUCUUGAGGAGGAUGUGAAGGAUGAGCUUCUGAAGGAGUCUAGAAAUCGGGAUGAAAUAGAUCCUAAAGUAGGCCGGAGCGGUUCUACCACACCACGACAACGAAGAGGAGAAGCUCAAAGGGCUACAACGAAGAAACGAGAUACCAAGUCUGAAAAUAUUAAGCCUAGGGCGUCCUCAGAAGAGGAACCAAAACCAGCAGUAAGGAGAAGCCCUAGAACAAAGAAGAGUGCGAAGUGA